UGUUCGUCUUACACAACAUCUCUCGUUCUCGUACACAACAGUACGACAGUAUGACGUAUGACAGUAUUUUCGCAAGCGCACAGCUGUCAACUUGUCAUGUGAAAUUGUAACGGCGUAAAGACGACGGAUCUCGCUCUUCGACGUCUCUUCUUUCAACGGAUUAUAAAGAUGGCAUUGAUAGGAUCAAACGCUUGAGUACAAUACAUGUUGCCCAAGGGCAAGCAAAAUUUUCAGUACUACAGUAAUGUAUGCACAAAUACUAAUAAUCUACAGAAGAAGAAUUGGAUUUAAAUAUUGGAAGAUGUCUGUAAUGGACAUUUGUACGCAAGAGGAAUAAAUAAACUGAUAGAUAAAUAAUUGAAUAAAUUGCUGUCAGAGAAAUAAGACACAGGAAGCGGAUGUGUUUAUGCGUUUGCAUUUGUACCUUUACUAAAUAUUAUGUCGGGCACUGGACCAAUUAUAUCGCAAACUAUUGCUCGUCUACCGGAGAAGGAGCAUGAAUCUGUCUCGAUUGUAGAUUACUCCAGUGUCAGGGGAAAGAAUGUCUUGGUCAGUCCAUCCGAGGAUCAAUACGAACUACUGCUAAGAAGAUUGAGAGAAAGGAUUCAGGAUGGAGGCAGCGAGACGAUCUUUGAAAUUGGUAUUGCCGAAGAUGGAACUGAGGGUGGAUUAAAGGAGGACGAGUAUGAUGCGUCGGUUGCUACUUUACAGUCCCUUGCUGCAACAUUGGAAGCAGAUUGUGUACUUUUACGUCAAAUUAAAGCAGAUCACGGACUUACGGGACAAUAUCUAGUGAGGAAACGUCUCGAUCGACAAGAUUUCUUAGAGAUCAGGGUUGCUGUUGUUGGUAAUGUGGAUGCCGGUAAAUCGACGCUAUUAGGAGUUCUGACUCACGGCGAACUUGACAAUGGACGAGGCCUGGCACGUCAAAAAUUAUUCCGUCACAAGCACGAGGCUGAAACAGGCCGGACCAGCUCAGUUGGAAAUGACAUACUCGGAUUCGAUAGCGUCGGGAAUGUAGUUAAUAAACCUGAGCAUGGAUCGCUAGAUUGGGUGAAAAUAUGUGAGAAAUCCUCUAAAGUAAUAACGUUUAUCGAUCUCGCCGGCCAUGAGAGAUACUUAAAGACAACUGUCUUUGGAAUGACGGGACACGCUCCAGAUUUUGGUAUGUUAAUGAUUGGAGCGAAUGCCGGUAUUGUGGGAAUGACUAAGGAACAUUUGGGCCUUGCUUUAGCGCUGUCUGUACCGGUAUUCGUCGUCGUGACAAAAAUCGAUAUGUGCCCACCGAAUGUCCUGCAGGAAAAUUUGAAGCUGCUGAUAAGGAUUCUAAAGUCCCCUGGCUGUAGAAAAGUCCCAGUUACAGUUAAGACACCUGACGAUGUAGUGGUUAGCGCCACAAAUUUUGUCUCAGAACGAUUGUGUCCAAUUUUUCAAGUAUCUAAUGUGUCCGGUGAAAAUUUAAAUCUUCUCAAGAUGUUUCUCAAUUUGCUGACUGCAAGGAUUACUAGUCACGAUGAUGAACCUGCAGAAUUUCAAAUCGACGACACAUACUCUGUACCAGGUGUCGGUACAGUGGUGUCUGGUACAACUUUGAAAGGUAUUAUAAAGUUAAACGAUACCUUGCUAUUAGGGCCCGAUCCGUUGGGUCGGUUCACGCCUAUAGCUGUCAAAAGUAUCCACCGAAAGAGAAUGCCGGUCCGCGAAGUCAGGGGCGGACAAACGGCUAGUUUCGCCCUGAAGAAGAUCAAACGAUCGCACAUUCGCAAGGGAAUGGUAAUGGUUGCACCCGCGCUCAAUCCACAGGCCAGUUGGGAAUUUGAAGGUGAAAUUUUGGUGUUACAUCAUCCUACAACAAUCAGUUCACGCUAUCAGGCAAUGGUACAUUGUGGCAGCAUAAGGCAAACUGCUUCUAUAUUGUCCAUGUCCCAGGAUUGUUUGAGAACGGGCGACAAAGCCCUAGUGCAUUUUAGGUUUAUCAAACAUCCUGAAUAUAUAAAACCUGGACAGAGAAUGGUAUUUAGAGAAGGUCGUACUAAAGCAGUAGGAAAUGUAGUGAAACUUAUACCGCAUUCAAAUAAUACCACUAUGCAAACAUCGAGAAUUAAUAAGCCGAACAAAGCAUCGCAAGCUCGACAAAACACAAAUAUACAGGUUUUGGAAAUAACCGAAGCUGACUCGAUUAUCGAGGAACAAACGGCCAAACAAGAAAACGUGCCGCAAAAAUCUGGUUUGAAUCAGAAUAAGAAAAAUAGAGGUCGAAGAGGAGGAAGAUCUCAUGCAAUCAACAGUAUUCAGCCUUUAACAGAGCAAAACCCUCCUGCAAAAGUAUAAGAGCUAUCAAUGUACAAAAAAAAGCCAAAAAAAAAAAAAAAAAAAAAAAAAAAAAAAAAAAAAU